GUGGUUUGAAGGUGAAGCCAGCCCCUUCUCAUGAGAACUAUUCAUACCUUUAAGAGAUGAAACUAAAACUCACUUGUACCUCACCAUCACAACAUGUAUCUCCUCACUCUGGUCCUUGGGAUUGUGCUUCUCCCUGAAGCCAAUACCCUGACAUGUUAUGAGUGCAUACCACUGACUGGAACCUGCACUGAGACAACAACACUAUGCCCUACACAUAGGAAUCAGUGUGCUGCACUAGUUGCGUCUUAUACAGAUGGUUCAAAAGUUUGGAAUGUUAAUGCAAAAUCAUGUGUUGCGCCUGAGGAAUGUGGCCAGUACUCAGCCAACUUCGGAGUCUCCAGAACCGUAAUUGCCAGCAAGUGUUGCAGCACUGACCUCUGCAACACCCAACCUGCCCCAGAACCCAGCAAAACCAAUCCAAAUGGCAGGAAGUGCUUCACUUGUGAUGGACAAACGUGCAGCACAACUCUAAACUGCCUGGGGAAUGAGGACCACUGCAUCUCACUAAGAGUGAGUACAGGUGGCCAAAAUGUGACUUUGAAGGGCUGCUCCUCCAAUGUAAUCUGCACAAACAAGGAACUUGCUCAGAUUAUGGGAUUAACUGGAGUAGAUAUGAGCUGCUGUCAGGGCGACUACUGCAACAGUGCCAGCAGUACAGGUGCUGGCCUCAUGCUGCUGGUGGCACCACUGAUCUCUUUGGUUCUGAGCUGAUGGAGAAAGAAGAAUCACUGCCCAGAUUUGCUUCACAUCACUGUGUAGACUCGUAGCACUUACUACCUCACACAUGACCUUAAGUGAUAUGUGAGAAGUUUAGUAACCAACAGGAAAAAAUAAAAAUAUUUUCUGCUUCUAGCUUUCUUUUUUUAAAUGUUGAUCAUGUCUUGUCUCCAAAUAAAAUAGAUUAAAAGAAUAAAACCAAAUAAAAAAACAUAUUCAUUUAUGAUUUUUGUUCUUAGUUCCAGUGGAAAUUAAAUAAAAUCUAAUCUAAAUCACUGA